AUGCCCUCCAUACGAGGCUCUCAGUCCAAGAAGAAGACUCGGCGUCAUACCCGAGAUCUUGAUCAGGUUCAUGCGGAUAUCCAAUCCAAGAAGCACCUUCAACAGUACCACGACACCAAGGCUCCAGAGGAUCUACCGGGGUUCGGUCAGUGGUAUUGUGUGGAGUGUGCAAAGUGGUUUGAGAGUGAAUUGAAUUUCACCAAGCAUGGAAAGGGCAAGCCGCAUAAGAGGCGGGUGAGGCAGUUGAAGGAGGAGCCAUAUAGUCAGAAGGAGGCCGAGGCUGCGAUUGGGCUGACGACUGACAAUGGGAAGAAGGAGAAUGUUGAUGAGGUUAUGGAGGUCGAGAUUGAGUUGGAGGAUGAGGUGAAGUGA